GUGAGGUGAGUUCAUGGCGGCCGGAAUGGUCGCCGGCGGCGGCCGGAGCUCGCCGCCCGCCGAACAGCCAAGCUGUUUCCCAUUUCCCUCUUCAGGUACCGACCCGACUCUACCACCAGAACGCCCUUGAGAUUUCCAUGCGGCUCCGCUUCCCUGCUUUCUCGGAUCGCCGGGAAGUUGGUGGCGCGGCGCCGGUGUCUACCCCAAUCAGCGCGAGGUGUUCGUGGAAUUUCUCGGAAGCGUCGGGUCUCUUGCCCUCGAAGCAACGGUGGCGCACGGAAGGUGUUCGUUGAAAUGCGGCAGCCGCAAGAGGCUGGCAGUUGAUGUUUUGGGUGUGGUGGGAUUGGUUUCACAGGUUCGCCGAUGCGACAUGAUUGCAGUCAGCAAGGCCAUUUUACUGGAUUUCUGUUUCAACAAUAUCGGGAUGAAGAGUUAUCCCUAAUUCCCUAUUACCGAACUGUAGCAGUUGAAGAUGCUGACCUAAAAGCAAACAGAUCUGGCUGUUAUAUUACUUUCUCAGAUAAUCGGUGACCGGUUGAGAAGCUACUGGCCUCAGAGAUGAUGCAACAGCGACCAGAUAUCAGCAACAAACUGAACAAACAAAAUGUUUAACAGUUUAUCCUGUUCCAGUGGGAAACAAGUAGGCUUCGCCAUAUAAUACGGUGUUAUUUGAGAUAUCAAGGUCCGAGUGAUCAAAAUUCUAUUAAGCAAUAAUUAUUCUACAUGUGUUAACGCAUGGCUGCAUGUCGUUUCGGCCGGAUUGCCUCCAAAUUUAAUUAAUUAAAAUAAACCAUCAGGCAGGUACGUUAAUUCUCUUAAUUCUUCUCUUUACUUUUAAACAAGACCUGGACCUGGAUAGUCUUGAUGCCGAGGUCUUUACGCUAAGGUCUUUGUUUUUUUGGGAUCCUACUUUGUCAAUCAACACCUCAUAUAUAUAAUGCUGUCUGUGAGUGGAUCAUCAAAUACCCCUUCAUCCUUCCUAAGUUGCUGCUGCCAGAGGAAACUGGUCAGAGGCCCAUCAAAGAAGUAAUCAGUUAAUCAAAUAUGGUUAUAGAGGCGCUUUGCUGCCUGGGGCUGACUGCGAAUGUAACGCAGCUGGCUGGCCUGGAAGUGCCCACACUGGUCAAAAUAAUCAAGAGUCACGUUGAGACAGUCCGCCAGAACAAGGAGGACUGCGAGCAGCUCGCCACACGCGCGGACUAUAUCCAUGAUUUGCACCGGCGAGUUCAGGAGUCCAAGGUCACUGGGGACCCUGAUGCGUGGAAGUCGACGGAAGCGCUCAAAUCGGCACUCCGCAGGGCAUGCGCGCUCGUCGAAUCCUGUCAAGGGGAGUGGAACUACAUGUACCGUUUCUGCAAGGGAGGCCGCAUCGCCAGAGAGUUGCGCAAGGUGUUUCAUGAUCUUGAGUUUUUUGUUUCCCACCUGACAGCAAUCAUCACCAUCAUCAACUAUGAUCAAAUCACACGUUACUAUUCUAUCCCCAAGAGUGAUGUUGUUCAGCCGCAGGAAGUUGCACAAGAAGUACCUUCUGUAGCUCUGCCUGCUGAAAAUAUCAAACAUAAUUACUGCAACUGUAUGGGACAGACAAUGAGCAGUUUAGGGAAAGCUCAAUUGGUAACGGAGCAUUCCAUAGUUAACGAAGGCCAGUUGCCAGGUCUUAAAAAGUUCACUUUCUCUGAGUUGAAGGCCGCUACAGAUAACUUCUCUCUGGAAAACCAAAUCGGUGUAGGUGCUUUUAGCAUUGUUUACAAGGGCCCACUAAAUGAUAUACCCGCAUUUGCUGUGAAAAGAGCAUCAUAUGUUAACGAAAUUCCAUUUGAGCAGCUCAAGAAUGAGGCUAAUAUAAUUUCAAAACUUCAGCAUACCAAUAUAGUUAAGCUCCUAGGACAGUGCAUCCAAGAGGGAGAAACAAUAUUGGUCUUAGAGUAUAUGCCAAACAAAAGCUUGGAUUCAUUCAUGAAUGGCGAGCGAGCAACAGAGUUACCUUUGGACUGGCCUAACCGCUCCCAAAUAGUUCAAGGGAUAGCUGAGGGAGUUGUAUAUCUACACAAGUGCGAGCCACGCAUUAUUCAUGGCGAUCUGAAACCAGGCAACAUACUCCUGGAUGCAGACCUGAAACCCAAGAUCUGUGACUUCGGUACAUCGAAAGCACUUAGGCCAGACCAGGAUCAAGACUGCACUGGCCUUGUAGUAGGAUCACGUGGGUAUAUGGCCCCUGAAUAUAAGCAAGGAGGGUGUGUCUCUCUCAAGACAGAUGUGUAUAGCUUUGGCGCUACGCUUCUUGAGAUCAUUAGAGGAAGUCGCAUCCCUUCUUCUACACUGGAGCUUUCUGAUGAAUCACGCGAUUACGGGCCACUAAAUAAGUGGGCGUGGGAUUUGUGGAGAGAGGGCGACCUGAUGGAGUUCAUCGAUCCGUCGCUGCACGGCGAGACUCAUGCUGCCGCCGGGAUGCAGAGAUGGGUUCAGGUAGCGCUGCUGUGCGUUCAGCAUAGUCCAGGAGAUCGGCCAGACAUGUGGGAUGUUCUUCUGAUGCUGAGAUCCGACAGUGUCAUCUUGCCAAAGCCCAGCCGACCAGCUUAUUACUGAAACUUGAUAAGGAUAUAUGUGCAUAGCAAUGGCAUGGCGCCAUGAUCGAUGAAGCCUGUUAAGCAAGACCCCAGUUCAUCGACGGGGACCAUAGUCUUCGAUUGAUCCAUGAACUUUGUUUUGUUUUGGUUGCUGUAUUGUGUCAGUUCAGUGUCCAAGCAGCUAUUAUAUACUAUCUCCAUCCUAAAAUAAGUUAUUUUUAGUCAUUCUAGUUUAUCCUAAAAUAAAUUUAUUUUUAGUAAUUUUUGAAUUGGAGUUUGUAAAAGUAUGGAAUAAAUAUAUUAAAAAUAAAUAA